ACAAACGUGCGACGAACGGACCGGUCAGUGGCAGACUGCAUCCUUCUGCACUGCAUCAGCAUGUUGUGCAAUCGGUCGGUUUCCUGCCGAAUCAAGCAGUUCUUCCGACAUGUCACCAACAUCCGCCGGAAUCACUCCGCAUCUGACCACCCACUGCAGGAGAAGUACAUUCGUAACAUCGGAAUCCUGGCGCAUAUCGAUGGAGGUAAAACCACCACCACCGAGCGGAUGCUGUUCUAUUCCGGAAAAACGAACGUCCUCGGUGAGGUCCAUCACGGCAAUACGGUGACAGACUUCCUGGUGCAGGAACGGGAACGCGGGAUAACGAUCUGCAGUGCGGCAGUCAGUUUCGACUGGCGAGACUAUCGGAUAAAUCUGCUGGACACACCGGGUCACAUUGAUUUCACGAUGGAAGUCGAACAGUCGCUUGCGGCCGUUGACGGAACGGUGGUCAUUUUAGACGGAUCGGCCGGAGUCGAGGCACAGACGGUCACGGUGUGGAACCAAGCCGAUAGGCACCACUUGCCGCGGGUGGUUUUCGUGAAUAAGAUGGACAAGGAGAAUGCGGAUUUCGAUGGGUGUUUGCAGGAUUUGCGGAAGAAGCUGGGAGUGGUUCCGUUGCCCAUACAGCUUCCGUUCAUGGAGCAGGGAAAGCUGGCAGGCAUAAUCGACAUCCUAUCGGGAACGCAGGUAAUUUUCGAUAAAAAUUCACACGGUAGAUCGUACAAGACCAUCCCGCUGGCGGAAGCAGCUCUAGCCCAUGCACAGGACAAGCUGUAUGAAACCAUCGAUGCCCUUUCCGGGCUGGACGAUCAUCUCGCGCAGGCGAUCAUCGAAUCGGACAGUAUGGAAAAUGUAAACCCACAGUUGGUGUUCGAUGCAAUCCGUUCGUGCACAAUGAAGCAACAGAUUGUACCGGUCCUGUUGGGGUCCGCGUACAAAAACAUUGGAGUUCAGCUGCUGAUGGAUGCCGUGCUGCGAUAUUUACCUGCCCCAAACGAACGGAAUGAAAUCUACAAUUGCUUUGGGUCCGACUUCGUGGGAAAGGUAUCGAAAGUGACCCACGACAAGCAGCGAGGACCUCUGAGCCUGGUUCGUGUUUUCCGAGGUACCCUAAAAAAAGGCUCUAAAAUUGUAUCGCCCAAAGGCAGCACCGAUACCGUUCAACGAAUCUAUGCCCCCUGGGCUGACGAGUAUCGAGAAGUUAACUCCAUAGGGGCGGGUAACAUUGGACUUUGCGCUGGUCCCAAAUCAACGGUCACCGGAGAUCUGGUGGCUUCCAGUACCAGUUCGUUGCGAGCCGCGUUCAAAAAACUUAUUGGUUCGGAAAACGGUGGAGAUGAUGGCGACCUGGACGAGGUCUUAGCCACAAAGCUAUCGCUUCAAACGGUCGUUCCCGAUGCGGUGUACUUUUGCUCCAUAGAGCCACCGUCCUCGGCUUACCAAGUGGCCUUGGACAAUGCUCUGAGGGAGAUUCAGCGGGAAGAUCCCAGCUUGAGGGUGACCUACGACGAAACCACAAUGCAAACCGUGCUCGGCGGCAUGGGCAAGCUUCACCUGGAGAUCAUCAAGUCCAGAAUUCUAACGGAGUACAAAAUCGAUGUAGAUCUAGGUGCCCUCCAAAUUGCUUACAAAGAAACCUUGGAAGAGCCGUGCCGUGGGAGCUGGACGGCCGAAAAAGAAAUUGCAGGACACAAGCAAUUUGUUCGCAUGGAAUUGACCGUUCAUGCCCUGAAAAACAACGAGAAGUUCCGUCUGGACAACUCGCCAGAAGCGCAGGAGAAUCUAAAAAUGAUCCGCCCUCGACAAAUGUCCUACGUUCGGAAGGGAUCAAUAGCGGCGUUGGAACGCGGUCCCAAAUUGGGCGGCCAGUUGAUGGACGUCGGAAUCACGCUGCACAGUUUGACCAUCGGCAAAGGAACGGCCGAUACCUUCAUCAUGGCGGCCACGGCCCAAUGCGUACGGCACGUACUAUCAUCGGCCAACGUGCGUCUUAUGGAACCCAUUAUGCUACUGGAAAUAGCGAUGCCCUCCGAGUAUCUGAAUCCGAUCCUAGCCGAUCUGGGACGGAGGAGGUGCACGGUGCUGGAUGUUAGCUCCAGGGGCCAUCAACACAAAGUUUUACGAGCCAAUGCUCCCCUGGCCGAACUGGAGGACUAUUCCAGUGAAGUGAGGUGUAUUAGUUCCGGGAAUGCCAGCGUUUCGAUGGAACCCAACGGGUACGUACUGUUGAACGAGAUGGACGAGGAGAGCGCUAUUCGAAGGGCUCACGGUUUGGAGUAGACGGUAGGUAAGUCAAGUUGUUAUGCAAUAAUAGGUGAUUUUAAAAUUGUUCCUA